AUGGCGGACGGAAAGGGAGACGCCGCCACCGGGGCCGGAGCUGGGGCUGAGGCUUCGGCAGUAGCCGGCGCUGGAGAAGCAGCCGAGACUGAACCCAUGGCUCAGGGUCAUCGCCCCGCAUCACCGGCAUCGGGAGCUUCUGGACUGCGACCGUGUCUGUGGCAGCUAGAGACGGAGCUGAGGGAGCAGGAGGUUUCGGAGGUCUCAUCUAUGAACUACUGCCGGAGCUUCUGCCAGACUUUAUUGCAAUAUGCAAGCAACAAGAAUGCUUCAGAACAUAUUGUUUAUCUUCUGGAGGUGUAUCGACUUGCCAUCCAAAGUUUUGCCAGUGCACGGCCAUAUUUAACUACUGAAUGUGAAGAUGUUCUCCUAGUGCUCGGCAGAUUAGUACUGAGUUGUUUCGAAUUGCUGCUUCCAGUAUCUGAAAGUGAACUGCCGUGUGAAAUCUGGGUACCUUUCCUUCAGAGUCUUCAGGAGUCACAUGAUGCAUUAUUGGAGUUUGGAAACAAUAACCUACAAAUAUUGGUUCAUGUUACCAAGGAAGGGAUGUGGAAAAAUCCAAUUCUCCUUAAAAUUCUGUCUCAGCAACCAGUAGAAACAGAAGAAGUGAAUAAAUUGAUUGCACAAGAAGGACCUUCCUUCCUGCAGAUGCGAAUAAAACAUUUGUUGAAAUCCAACUGUGUGCCCCAGGCUACUGCUUUAUCAAAACUAUGUGCAGAAUCUAAAGAAAUCGCCAAUGUGUCAUCUUUUCAGCAAGCCUAUAUCACAUGUUUAUGUUCCAUGCUUCCUAAUGAGGAUGCUAUUAAGGAGAUUGCAAAGGUCGACUGCAAGGAAAUACUAGACAUCAUAUGUAAUCUGGAAUCUGAGGGUCAGGAUAACACAGCAUUUGUUCUUUGUACGACUUACCUUACCCAGCAGCUCCAAACUGCAAGUGUAUAUUGUUCUUGGGAACUGACUCUCUUUUGGAGUAAACUGCAGAGAAGAAUUGACCCUUCUGUAGACACUUUUUUGGAGCGCUGUCGUCAGUUUGGUGUCAUAGCAAAAACACAACAGCAUUUAUUUUGCUUGAUUAGAGUGAUACAAACUGAAGCACAAGAUGCUGGUCUUGGGGUAUCUAUUUUGCUAUGUGUCAGAGCUCUUCAACUCAGAUCAAGUGAGGAUGAGGAAAUGAAGGCAUCCGUUUGUAAAACAAUUGCUUGUCUUUUACCAGAAGAUUUAGAAGUUAGACGAGCCUGUCAACUUACAGAAUUCUUAAUUGAACCUAGUUUGGAUGGAUUCAAUAUGUUAGAAGAAUUGUAUGUGCAACCAGAUCAGAAAUUUGAUGAAGAAAAUGCACCAGUUCCAAAUUCUCUACGAUGUGAGCUCUUACUAGCUUUGAAAGCCCACUGGCCUUUUGAUCCUGAGUUUUGGGACUGGAAAACUUUAAAACGACACUGCCACCAACUCCUAGGACAAGAAGCCUCAGAUUCUGAUGACGACCUAAGUGGCUAUGAAAUAUCCAUUAAUGACACAGAUGUUUUAGAGUCAUUUCUCAGUGACUAUGAGGAGGGUAAGGAUGAUAAACAAUUUAGAAAAAGAGAUUUGACAGACCAGCAUAAGGAGAAAAGAGACAAAAAGCCCAUUGGUUCUUCCGAAAGAUACCAGAGGUGGCUUCAGUAUAAGUUUUUCUGUUUGUUGUGUAAGCGAGAAUGCAUAGAGGCCAGGAUUCUUCAUCAUUCUAAAAUGCAUAUGGAAGAUGGCGUUUAUACCUGUCCAGUUUGUAUUAGAAAAUUCAAGAGAAAAGAAAUAUUUGUUCCUCAUGUGAUGGAACAUGUGAAAAUGCCACCAAGCAGACGAGACCGCUCUAGAAAGAAGUUACUGUUGAAAAGCUCUCAAAAGGGUAUUUGUCCGAAGAGCCCCUCUGGAACCCUGGAGCAGAAUCAGUCACUGAAUGAACAAGCCAAAGGAGAAUCUCAUGAUUAUGUCACAUUCAGCAAAUUAGAAGACUGCCACCUGCAAGACAGAGAUUUGUACCCAUGUCCUGGCACAGACUGUUCCCGUGUAUUUAAGCAAUUUAAAUACUUAAGUGUGCAUCUUAAAGCUGAACACCAAAAUAAUGAUGAAAAUGCCAAGCACUACUUGGACAUGAAAAACAGAAGAGAGAAGUGUACUUACUGUCGGCGACAUUUUAUGUCAGCUUUUCACCUGCGGGAGCAUGAACAAGUGCAUUGUGGUCCUCAGCCUUACAUGUGUGUAUCUAUAGAUUGUUAUGCUAGGUUUGGAUCAGUAAAUGAACUGCUAAACCACAAACAGAAACAUGACGAUCUGCGUUACAAAUGUGAAUUAAAUGGCUGCAAUAUUGUUUUUAGUGAUUUGGGACAGCUUUAUCACCAUGAAGCACAACACUUUAGAGAUGCAUCUUACACAUGCAACUUUCUUGGCUGUAAAAAGUUCUAUUACUCCAAAAUUGAAUACCAGAAUCACCUCUCAAUGCAUAAUGUUGAAAAUUCAAAUGGAGACGUAAAGAAAUCUGUGAAACUUGAGGAGCCUACAACGGAUGAAAAGCAAGAUUGUAUUAAUCAACCUCCCUUACUUGACCAAACUGAAAAAUCACAUUUACCUGAGGAUCUUCUUUUCUGCACAGAAUCAGCUAAUUCUCAAGUAGAUGCAGAAAACCUGAAAGAAAACAGUGACAGUAAUUCCAGUGACCAGCUAAGUCAGAGCUCUUCCACUUCAAUGAAUGAAGAGUUAAUUGACACACUGGAUCAUUCUGAAGGCGUGCAGGAUGUAUUAUUGUCCCAUGAGAAAGUCUUCGUGCCCUCCAGUUUAAAAGAAAAAUGCUCCAGUGUGGCAGUUUGUUUUGAUGGGAAUAAGUUUACCUGUGGUUUUGAAGGCUGUGGUAACACGUACAAAAAUGCAAAAGGAAUGCAGAGGCAUCUUCGAAAGGUUCACCCCUACCAUUUCAAACCCAAAAAGGUAAAGACGAAAGAGCUCCUUCCUUGUUCAGGUAAUGAACAUAAUCAGACAACUGAAAAGUUUAAUGCAGAGCAUAAACCCAGUUCAGAUACAAGCAGUGACUCCCCAGAUGAAGGUCUUGAUCACAACAUUCAUACUAAAUGUAAAAGAGAAUACCAAGGUUACUCAUCAGAGGCCUCCAAUUGUGCUUCUAAAAGACCAUGUACAGAGGAUACCAUGUUAGAACUUUUGCUACGCUUGAAACACUUAAGCUUGAAAAACUCAAUAACACAUGGGUCUUUCUCAGGGUCUUGGCAAGGGUACCCAACUAGUGGUGCUAAAUCUCUUCAAUCUGUUUCGUCUAUAUCAGACCUUAAUUUUCAGAAUCAAGACGAAAACGUGCCAAGUCAGUACCUUGCACAGUUAGCGGCUAAACCUUUUUUCUGUGAGCUUCAAGGUUGCAAAUAUGAAUUUGUGACCAGAGAGGCUUUGUUAAUGCAUUACCUUAAGAAGCAUAAUUAUUCAAAAGAAAAGGUCCUGCAAUUAAGUAUGUUUCAGCAUCGUUAUUCCCCAUUCCAGUGUCAUAUUUGCCAGAGGUCAUUUACGAGAAAAACACACCUUAGGAUUCAUUAUAAAAAUAAACAUCAGAUUGGCAGUGACAGAGUAACUCACAAACUCUUGGAUAGUGAGAAAUGUGAUCACGAAGGCCCGUGCUCAGUAGAUAGGUUGAAAGAUGAUUGUUCUGCUGAACUUGGAGGUGAUCCCAACAGCAACUCUGAGAAGCCACACUGUCAUUCUAAAAAAGAUGAGUGCAGUUCAGAAACAGACUUAGAAUCCUCUUGUGAAGAAACAGAGAGUAAAACAUCUGAUGUCUCAUCACCAGUAGGCAGCCAUAGAGAAGAACGAGAAGGCAGAGAGGGUAGAGGAAGGAGAACUGUUGCUAAAGGAAAUCUCUGCUAUAUUUUAAAUAAAUACCACAAACCAUUCCAUUGUAUCCAUAAAACCUGUAAUUCCUCAUUCACCAAUCUAAAAGGCUUAAUUCGCCAUUAUAGAACUGUACAUCAGUACAACAAAGAACAAUUAUGCUUAGAGAAAGACAAAGCGAGAACCAAAAGGGAACUUGUCAAAUGUAAAAAGAUAUUUGCUUGCAAAUACAAGGAAUGUAAUAAGCGCUUCUUGUGUUCCAAAGCUCUUGCUAAGCACUGUAGUGACUCUCAUAACCUAGACAAUAUUGAAGAGCCUAAAGUGCUUUCAGAAGCAGAAUCUGUGGCUAGGUUUUCCUGUAACCAGCCUCAGUGCCCUGCUAUUUUUUAUACAUUGGGUAAGUUGAAGCACCACUUGAUGGAACAACAUAAUAUUGAAGGAGAAAUACAUUCAGAUUAUGAAAUUCAGUGUGAUCUUAAUGGCUGUGGUCAGAUCUUCACGCAUCGCAGUAAUUACUCUCAACAUGUGUAUUAUCGACAUAAGGACUAUUAUGAUGAUCUGUUUAGAAGCCAGAAAGUAGCAAAUGAAAGACUCUUAAGAAGUGAAAAGUUGUGUGAAACAGCUCACACUCAGGGAAAUGAACAGCAAAACACCAGGAGGUCUUUUACUAGUAAGGCUAAAAAAUGUGGCUUAGUCAAAGACAAGAAAGCUCCCAUCACAUUUAAAACAAGAGCUGAAGCCCUCCAUAUGUGCGUGGAGCAGUCUGAGCACACCCAGUAUCCCUGCAUGAUUCAAGGAUGCUUAUCUGUGGUAAAGCUGGAGAGCAGCAUUGUGAGGCAUUACAAACGCACCCAUCAGAUGAGUAGUGCCUAUUUAGAGCAACAGAUGGAAAACCUUGUUGUGUGUGUUAAAUACGGUACCAAAAUUAAAGAUGAGCCGCCUCCUGAAGUUGUUCCCAGCCUAAAUCAAGAAGAAAAUGGAAGCUGUGAAGCAGAGCACAUAAAACACAGUCAUGCCCUUGGUGACAGCAGCACACUUAUCCAGAGCACUGAGUCCCCACAUCCAGGUGGAAGGGAUGGAGGUCAGAAAGGAUGUACAGUAAGCACCCCAGGAUUUGAUACAGAUUCCCUGCUUUACAGAGGAACUUUGAAAUGUAACCAUGGUUCAGAAACCACUUCUUUGGAACAAUGUAAUAUAGUUCAGCCUCCACCUCCACCACCACCACCACCACCACCUCCUCCACCUCCUCCUUGUACAAUAGAAAAUUCUAUACCUAAUCCCAGUGGGACUGAAAGUGGGACUUAUUUCUCUAACUUCCAGCUGCCUUUAUCAAGGAUCAAAGACUCAGAAACUGGGCAGCAUAAUUCAGGACAAGAAAGCACUGUAAAAAAUCUAACCAGUGUCCCAAAAGAUAAUUUUAGGAAACCUCCACAGCCUAGAUCGUUUGAUUUGAAGACUUACAAACCUAUGGGAUUUGAAUCUUCAUUUCUGAAAUUUAUUCAGGAAAGUGAAGAGAAAGAAGAUGAUUUUGAUGAUUGGGAGCCUUCAGAGCACUUAAUGUUAAAUAGCACUUCACAACCCAGUAAUGACUUAACAGGGGAUGUUGUGGCAAAUAAUAUAGGGAAUGACAAUGACCCUGAAGUUGACAUACCUCAUUCUUCUAGUGACUCUGCAAUUCACGAGACCUUGACUGCAAUCCCGCCUUUAAUUGUAGCUGAGACGACAACAACAGUUCCUUCCUUGGAAAACCUGAGGGUUGUAUUGGACAAAGCAUUAACAGACUGUGGAGAACUUGCCUUAAAACAACUUCAUUAUCUUCGGCCAGUUGUUGUUCUUGAAAGAUCUAAGUUUUCCACACCAAUUUUAGACUUGUUUCCGACAAAAAAGACAGAUGAACUUUGUGUAGGAAGUUCCUAA